AUGGGCGAGGCCACAUCCCCAGGCGCUUCGUCAUCCGACCACCAGCGCCGACGGGACUCGGUCACCUAUGGCGGCGCGUCAUCGCCGGCAUCGUCGCCUCGGCGCUACCGUUCGCCCUCGCCCUCUCGCGAGCACGAUGCACGCUCCGAGCAGCACUCGGACCCGCCGCAAAAGUCUCACCAGCCCGGCAGACCAACCAUCAAGACUUCCGCAAGCUCCAUGUCUGUCGCUGCAUCCGCCAAUGGAGACGAGUCCAUGCACGACGAGAGGAGAAAGUCGACGUCGGAUGACAAGAAGCCGCCCAAGCGGCCCCGCGAGCAGUACAGCUGCGUCGAAUGCUUCCGCCGAAAGCAGAAGUGCGAUCGCAGGUUCCCGUGCAACAACUGCAUCAAGCGGAGGUUGCCUGAGCGUUGCGUACCUCCGCCGUCGGCGCGAGGCAGCGUCUCUGGUGGCACUCCGGGCCCUGGGACUGCACCGACCGACAAGAUCCCAUCACAGUCGCCUGUGGGGCCCAGCGCGCCCAAGAGGGUCAAGCGCGAGGACAACGGCUGGGACGACCGCAAGGUCGACGACCUGGCACGAACCACCGCAAGGAUAGCGCGGCUCGAGCGCAUCCUCACCGUACAGGACCCGACCUACGUCGAGCAGCGGCUGGCGUUGGCGGAAAAGGCGAUCCGAGUCCACCUCGGCGAAGACGACGGUCCCCGAGCCUCGACCAGCUACCGAACGCGAGCCGAGUUGUCGAGGUCGUCGAGCUACGCACAGGAGGACAACGAGCAGGACCGAGCGGGCGAGGAGCACCUCGACGACAAUGAAGGCUUCCUCGGCACCUCGGCGCUGGAGGCGGUCCGACUGGCGCCCCAGCUGCAGGACACCAACGGUCGAGCCUCGGCCGGUCGGUCACCGCAGGACCUGCUCUCCUACAUCCAGCCCUCGGCCACGCGGCGGGGCUUCCCCAUUCCGCUCGCCGACGUCCAUGCCAUCCGCGCGACGCUGCCGUCCCGAGAGCAGUGCGACCGCUACUUUGACGCCUUCUUCGCCAACUACAACUGGUCGCGCUCGCCAAUCCUGGGCAGCACGGUGCGGGAGCGCUACCGCCAGCUGUUCUCGUCGGUGCCGACGCCCUCGGCGAUCCGCGUCGACGCUGAUACGCUGCCGCUGGUGGCCCUCAUCCUAUCGACCCUGACGCUCGGGUCGGUGCCUCCGGCGGUGCAGCCGCUGUCGUCUGCCACGUCGCACGCCUUCUUCUGGGCCACCAAGAAGGCGCUCGUCCUCUGCGAGACGCUCGGGCUGGCCAGCCUGGACUCGUGCUGGGCGCACGGCAUCCUCGUGCGCUACCUCGACGUCAUCCGCGUCACGCGGGCCAGCUGGCACGAGAUUGGUUCGUGGAUCCGGGACGCCCUGGACCUCGGCCUGCAUCGCGACGGCAGCUCCUUCCGCCUGCCCAAGGAGCAAGUGGCUGCUCGACGGACGCUCUGGUGGCACGUGCUGCACAACGACCGCGAGUGGAGCAUCCUGCUGGGCCGCCCGCUCACCAUCACCUUCCACACCACCGAGAUGCCCACUCGCGAGGACCUCGAGCCCCUCGGCUUCGCGUGCCAGACGUACCUCUUGGCGCGCAACCGCUUCACCGCCUGCCUCGAGGCCAUCACGCACUGCUUCCAGGAGCGAUCGGCGCCACAGGGGGGCAGAGCAUCGAGGUCGUACUUCAAGGUGCUCGAGGUCGACGACAUGAUUGCCGAGUUUGUCGACUCGCUUCCGCCGUACCUCGCUCCCAACGCAACCACCAAGUCGGGCAAAUCCAAGAUCGACACCUCGCUCGACGAGCACCACCCGCUGCUGCCCUACUACCGCCACCUGAUCAACAGCGAGGUGUGCUUCUACCGCUCGCUGCUGCAUCGGCCGUACCUGCUCCGGCCGGCGGUCAACGGCAAGCAUCCCUACCCAGAAAGCCGACGGAUCUGCGUCGAGACGGCGCUCAACGACCUGCGGGCGAGGAAAGAGUACGCGGCGAAGCUGACGAGGGAGGAGACGGCCCAGACAUUUGGAGGCGCCUAUGCCAUGUUCAACUCGGCCAUCGUCGUUGGCCUCUCUCUUCUGACUGCCUUUGGUCUGGGCGAAAAGAUCGAGCACAGCGACCUCAUCGAGAGGCUCGGGUAUCUGCAGGACUACAUCACCCAGCUUCGGCGGAACUUUGAAGCGGGCAACGUCGACGCAUCUGCGGAAAAGGAGCGAAUGGUCAUGGAGGUGCUGCUAUCACGCCUGGAUCCCAUCCUGCCGGACGACAUCGUCAAGAGCAGCCGCGGGGAGCUUGCGGCGGCCGCGCAGGGAUCGAUCCAGGCCGCCAGCCGAAGAAACUCUCGGUCUGCCGGCGCGGGCAUGGCGGCCAUGUCAACCAUCGACGGGCAGGGCGACGACGAGCAGCAGGCGCUCGACUCGCUCCGGAUGCUUUCGGGGACGGCGCCAUCGUCGGCCAGCGCUUCGGGCGCCGCGCUGGGCUCCCACGCCGCCCCCAUCGACGAGGCGAGCGGCUUUGUCACGAGCGCCUCGACGCCCAGCAAUGCGCUGCACCACCGCACCGACUCGGCCGAGGGCCAGGCGCCGCACCAGCUGCACCAACACGGCGCCGCCGCCAACAACCACCUGCCCUUCAACGGCGAGCACGACCCGCAUUUCGACUGGGAGGCCAUCCUCCAGACGAUUGGAUCCGGCUGGGUCGGCGACGCCAUGAUGGAGUCGGCCAUCGACGGCCUGGAUCGCUGA